AUGUACCCAGCAAUGGAACCAAAACGACUCAGAGCCGACUACGGAGAGAUGUCCAAUGAGAUGAUUGAAGUAAUUGCCACGGACGAUUUGCUUGCGGAGGCCGUGGAAGAAGUAGGUGAUCUAACGGAAGGACGAGAGUACGUGUACCAAUACGACAACAUGGUUCAUACGCAGCAUGAUCAAAACAUUAUUUUCCAGCUCUAUCAACCAAUAGAAACAGUCAACGGCACAUUUUUGUGUAGAAUCUGCAUGGAACUUGGUGACACGAUCGAAUUUGAAUCCAAAGCGGAUUAUGCUCAUCAUCGUUACAAAGUCCAUGGGUCAUAUAAU